AUGAUUGCGAGCGAACGUAGUGCAAGUACCGCAAAGUGGUGUUUAGUUUUAAUCGAUGAAUUAUUGCAAAACAUGGAAGUUCAAGAGGUUUCUUCGGAAGCAACCUCAAUCAAAAAGAUCUUGGCAAACGCUUCUAAAAGAAAAUCAAGAUCAAGAAGUGCAUCCCUUCCAACGAAGAAAGGAAUCGCUGGUGCCAUUGCUGCGCCAGUUGCCCGAAGCGAUGCGACAAAGAAAACCGUUGCCGUCCAACCAAUCGAGGCCCUUCCCAAGUCUAAAUCUUCCAUUAACAAAACACAUGAAGCCGCCCUUUCAAUGUUUGCCGAACUCUCUUUAAGAAAAGCUGAAAAAUGCAGGUUACCCAAGGAACAGAAAUCGCGUCCAUUAAUUUCAUCAUCCCUUGGUCAAAACCGUUCCAAAGAUUGGAAAUCCAUGAAUAUCUGUCCAAGCAAACGUUAUUCAACUCUUGCAACUGAAAGUGCGAAAAGAACAACCUCGAUGAAAUUGAUAAAUUCAACAACCGCAAACCGUAUGAUGCGACGUGUUAAAGCUAAAAAACAACAGAAUGAUAUUGAGAUGAAACAUCAUCAAAAAUCAACUCCAAAACCAAAAUCAAAACCUGAAUUACAAGAUAAAAAUUUAAAUUUAUCUCAUGACCGACCUUUACUCUCUCAACGUCCUCGUACCGCUCAUUUAAGUAAAUCUCCUGCUGUGAUUUUACAAAACGCAAGAAAGGUUUUAAAAGUUAUGAUGAAAAUCAGAAAGCAUAGAAACACUAUAUAA